GCGCAUGUGUCCACAAAUACAUGCUGGCCGAUAAGUUGUAGACGCAGUAGACUCUCAGCUCACAUGAGAGUCGGGUAGGUUUGAGGGAGUGGAGGUUGAGGUGUACCACCAAGAUGGAAAAGGGAAAGCUUAACAAGCAAGAAACACUGUCGUUGAGGAAAAAACACAUAGGGCCAUCAUGUAAGCUGUUCUUCAAGAGUGACCCGCUGAAGAUCGUGCGAGCGUCGGGUUCAUACAUGUACGAUGAGGAAGGCAACAGAUACCUCGACUGUAUCAACAACGUGUGUCAUGUGGGUCACUGCCAUCCACAUGUGGUGUCAGCAGCCACGCAACAAAUGGCUGUCCUCAACACAAACAGCCGCUUCCUGCAUGACAACCUGGUCCUCUAUGCCGAGAGGCUGACAGCACUGUUCCCUCCAAAGCUGAGCGUGUGUUUCUUUGUGAACUCCGGCAGCGAGGCUAAUGAUCUGGCCCUCCGGCUGGCCCGCACCCACACAGGCCACCGAGAUGUCAUUACGCUGGAUCAUGCUUACCAUGGUCAUGUCACAUCCUUGAUCGACAUCUCGCCAUACAAGUUUAAUCACCCAGGUGGUGACGGGAAACCUGACUGGGUCCAUGUUGCACCAGUGGCUGACAUAUAUCGAGGAAAAUACACUGACAAGGACUACACCAUAGAACAGCUGUCUGAGAAGUAUGCUGAUGAGGUGAAAAUGUUGUGCCAGAAGUCCAGCAAAGAGGGAGGCCGAGUGUGUAUUUUCUAUGCAGAGUCAAUGCAGUCAUGUGGCGGCCAAAUAGUGUUUCCUCCUGGAUACCUUCGCCAAGUUUACAAGCAUGUUCGAGAAGCUGGUGGUGUUUGUUUGGCUGAUGAAGUUCAAGUUGGGUUUGGCCGUGUUGGGUCCCAUAUGUGGGCCUUCCAGACACAGGGGGAUGAUAUUGUGCCAGACAUUGUUACUUUAGGGAAGCCUAUGGGGAAUGGUCACCCUGUGUCUGCUGUUGUCACCACCAGAGAGAUAGCUGAAAGUUUUGGUGCCACAGGAAUGGAAUACUUCAAUACCUUUGGUGGGAAUCCAGUUUCUGCUGCUGUGGCUAAUGCUGUUCUGGAUGUUAUUGAAAAUGAAAAAUUAAGGGAAAAUGCAACAGAGAUUGGGAAUUUCCUUAUGCAGGAAUUUAGACAGCUACAGAAAAAGCAUGAACUUAUUGGAGAUGUGCGGGGUCAGGGCAUGUUCCUUGGUGUGGAUCUGGUGAAGGACAGGGAGACCAGGGAGCCAGCCACUGCUGAGGCUGCCUACAUAAACAAAAGACUGAAAGAGAAUUACGUGUUGUUGAGUGCAGAUGGUCCCUACAGAAAUGUCCUCAAGUUCAAAUCUCCUCUGGUCUUUUCUCUAGAGAAUGCCAAAGAAUUAGUUAGUAAAGUAGAUUCCAUCAUGGAGGAAAUGAAGCAGGUUGAGCACUGUGUGAAUGGAGUUGUAGAACAGAAUGGUGCCACUGAAAAACCAAGUUCCAAGUCAAAAAAGCAUACCCAAUGGAUCACAAAAUGAGAUACAAAUUAAAGUGUGAAGAUGUGGACAGAAAUGCCUGCUUUGGGAGGAAGAUUUGUUGCUACUGCUCAUCAGAUGAUAAUAUGAUGUUGUUCUAAGUAUAAGGAAUAUUUCUGUAAAUAAUGAGUUUUAUCUAGUAAGUAGUUACCUUAAGAAAGAAAAUAUGAAAAGUUCUAUUAAUUUUAUAUUCCUUUCAUCCAAUGAAAUAUAUUUUAGAUACAAUAUCACCAUAAGAAUGUACUAUAUUGAUAUUUUCUUACAAAGCAGGUAUGAAUGAUUAUAAAUUUGUUUCCAACAUGAUUUUUUAAUAACUGUAUUCUAAUUUAGUAAAUCUUUUUACAUUUGAUUAUUUUUUUGGGUUUUGUAUCAUUUUAUUAUUCAUGUAAGGAAGAUGUAUACAAAGAAAUGUGCUAUUAUUUUAAUUAUCUAAAGGGAGAGGAAGACUCAUCACUGCAGCUUUGGGCUUUCAUGAGGGGUAUUAAUGUUAACUUAGUUUUAAAAUUAAGAAUUAGUAUUUAGAUUGAAUGUUUAUGUUGUUAAUAUGUCAGAACACCAACAUGUUGAGGAAUACCUGGACACAUAGCACAUGCCUACAGUUGUGAAUGACAAGAAUGUCAUCAUUGUGUGAUUUCUUUAUAUAAUGUCAAUAUCAGUCCCACCCAUGAUAUGCAGUAUUUGUAAGGAAACUUAGUUUUAGAGCAUUUCAGUCUACAUCCCUUGUUCAAGGUUAUAUCACAUUAAAAAAUGUUGCUAAUGUGAGAAAACGGAAGGAUGCAGAUGAAGUUGGCUGUGGAGGGUUGGGAAUAUUCUUAAGUCUAAGCACAAUUCCUGUCCUGUAUGGCGACAAAUGCUUCAACCUGCCAAUAUUCCACAUGUCCAUAACAUAUCUCCAUACCUAGUGCUUACAAACUGUAUAAAAACAGUUGGUCCAAUAAAAUAUUGAUAGUUUUAAUAAA